AUGCGGCCUGCAUCCUGGAUGCGCGGCGGCAGCACCAGCAGGCGCGUAGCCGCGGCAGCAGAGGCCGGUCCAGGCGCACCCGUGGGCGAGGCAUCCCCCGCCCCAGCUGCCGCCCCGGCGCCCGCCGCGGCGCCGCCGCCCGACGCGCCGCUGCCUGCCGAGUGCAGCGCCCUGAUCGUGGGCGGUGGCCCCGCGGGGCUGGCGGCCGCGCUGCAGCUCUCGUCGCGCGGCUGGUCUGACGUCAUCGUGCUGGAGCGCCGCGCCAGCGUGCUGCAGCUGCAGUGA